AUGUCCCACGAUUCAGCGCAAACAAAGGAGCAGAAAUUCCACCAGUACAUCCUCAACUUGCCCAAGGAGAAAAAAGAUGCCAUUCGGGGCAAGCCUCGGGAAGUGUUGAAAGUCAUCGACGACUAUCCCGAGUGGUUCAUGGACAUUGGCCCGGAAAAGGGCAAGUUUAUAGUCGAGGAGAUCAGAAAGAAGAAACCCAAGGUCAUGAUUGAACUCGGAGGCUAUCUCGGUUAUUCUGCGGUUUUGUUCGGCAAUGAACUACUCGAGACCCCCGAGGCAAAAUACUACAGUUUUGAGGCAAACCCCGAGUUUGCCAAGAUUGCCACCGAUGUCAUUAGUUUGGCUGGGUUAUCCAACAAGAUUGAAAUCAUUGUGGGCAAAGCUAGCUAUACUUUGGUGAAUUUAAAGGAAAGAUUGAGCGGUAAGUCUGGGUUUAAGCCACUUGAUUUCAUCUUUAUUGACCAUUGGAAGGAUCUAUACGUGCCCGAUUUCAGAGAAUUGGAGACCUUGAAUUUCAUUGCCCCGGGCACGGUGAUUGCCGUACGUAUAUACAUUCCACUACUCCUCCCCUUCCAGUUUCCUCUUACUAACUAGCAAACCAUUCUAGGCUGACAAUGUGAUCACUCCUGGUGCUCCCGAAUACAUCAAAUACGUGAGAUUAUCGCCCGAGGAAAAAAAAUCGUAUAACCAGGAAAACCCCAAUCCAAAUGGUCAAGAGUGGAUCGGUAGAUGGAACAUCUUGUACGAUACCGAGACCGUUAAAUUCAAAUUUUCCAACGGACGGGAGGACGGCGUUGAGCUCACCAAAUGCUCAGACUACCUUACUGGCUAA